AUGGAGGGCUCCGACGCUCGAGCCAUUAAAGCAGCCAUCCUGAUUCAGGGCUGGUAUCGUCGCUAUGUGGCACGAAUGGAGAUGAGGCGUCGCUACACAUGGAGCAUUUUUCAAUCUAUCGAGUAUUCAGGAGAGCAAGACCAGUUACAGCUGUCCCACUUCUUUACGUUUCUAAUGAACCACUACAUGCAGCCUGGUGAGACAGGCAGUGACUGGCUUUCCCAUCUGUUGACCUCUUCAGGACACACAGGCGACAAUUCAGACACUGAGCAGGAGCUGGGAUAUGAAAGCAUCAAUGUUCCUGAUUCUUACACAGGCCCUCGACUCUCCUUCCCUCUGACAGCUGCAGAUGCCAACGCAUUGCUCAAAGCAUUCAAGCAACAGCAACAACUUCACGGCCGCUACGUGCUCCAGCUCCUGCAUGAAACCAGAAAGAGCCUGAAACAGAGGCCCAACAUCACUCACAUUUCCACGAGUUACUCCAAGGAGAUAACCAUCUGCGGAGAUUUACAUGGAAAACUCGAUGACCUGAUGCUAAUAUUCUACAAGAAUGGUCUCCCCUCCCCAGAGAAACCGUACGUGUUUAAUGGGGACUUUGUGGACAGGGGGAAGAAUUCCCUGGAGGUGAUCAUGAUCCUGUUUGCAUUCCUCUUGGUGUACCCAAACGACAUGCACUUAAACCGAGGGAAUCAUGAGGACCACAUUGUGAACCUGAGAUACGGUUUUACAAAGGAAGUUAUGCAAAAGUACAAGAUGUACGGGAAAAAAAUUCUCCACCUUGUGCAAGAUGUGUUCAGUUGGUUGCCGUUGGCAACAAUAAUUGACUCGAAGGUGCUGGUCGUCCAUGGAGGCAUCUCAGACACAACUGACCUGGAUUUACUGGGGUCAAUAGACAGACACAGGUUUAAAUCUGCACUUAGGCCUCAAGCCAAAGCCUCUGAAAACUUGCAUGAGAAAACUGUGGGGGACCUCUACCUCAAGGCACAAGCUCCGAAGAGGCUGGACAAGAAUGGGAAUGUUGGAGGGAAGCCACCAGAAACUUCCAGCAAUUCCAUUAUUGACCGUUCCUCCUUUCGAAAGCAGAGGUCUGUGACAUCAUCGGCUUCCUCAGUGUACAGCCUCAGCAGGUCGGAUAGUGACCAGGAUGGAGGGAGGGAGGAUGGUGUGCUCCAAAGAGAUUCCAACCAGGAGAGAGUGUUGGAUGGCAGCCACAUAGAGGGGCAUAACUCCACUCCAAUCCUCGAAGUGUCCUGCUUAGACUGUGAAGUGGCUUUCACCAAUGACAUAUCAAGAGAGGAGAUGGAAUGGAAACAGAUUAUAGACAUACUGUGGAGUGACCCAAGGAACCUCACUGGCUGCAUCCCAAACAGCUUCCGAGGAGGGGGCUGUUACUUUGGUCACGACGUGACACAAUGCGUGCUGAAACGGUACGACUUGGAGCUGCUGAUCCGGUCACAUGAGUGCAAACAGGAAGGAUAUGAACUCUGCCACGAUGGAAAGGUCAUCACUAUUUUCUCUGCUUCGAAUUACUACGAAGAGGGCAGUAACCGAGGGGCUUAUGUCAAACUUGGUCCGGAUCUGGUGCCCCGCUUUGUCCAGUACCGAGUUAGUAAAUGUACAAGGAAACUGACUCUUCAGGAGAGGGUAAGUGUAGUUGAAGCAUCAGCCCUGAAGUCCUUGCGUGAGAAGUUUUAUGCACACAAAUCCGAAGUUAUCGAUGCCUUCAAACAAUAUGAUAAAGAUCAGACAGGGAGGAUUUCUACGAGUCAAUGGGCGUUGGCGGUGGAAUCGGUGCUCCAUUUACACUUGCCCUGGCGAACUCUGCGCUCCAGGCUGGUGCGGGUCAAUACUGAGGGCAGUGUGGAUUAUCUCUCCAGCUUUGAAGAUCUCCAAAUUGAGCAGCCCAUGAAAGAGGUUCAACCAAACCUGAUUGAAACUAUGUACAGGCAUCGGGCAGAUCUGGAAAUUAUCUUUGGAAUGAUUGAUAAAGAUCACUCAGGAAUGAUCUCCAUUGAGGAAUUUCGCCAGACCUGGAGAUUGUUCAGUUCCCAUCUGCACAUUGACAUGAACGAUGAGUGUAUCGAUGAUCUGGCUCGGAGUAUUGACUUCAACAAGGACGGCAGCAUAGAUUUCAAUGAGUUUCUAGAGGCUUUCCGAUUGGUGCAGAAGGAUAAUCAAUAA